CGAGCGCGAGUGCGAGCGCGUGCGUUGACGCGGCGGGCUGUGUCCGGCAAAGCCAGCGCACAGUCGGAGUCGCGAUGGGGCCCGGAGAACCGCGGCUCGCGGAGCGGGGCGUGUGCGAGGCCGUCCCGGAGCUGGAGCUGCUGAAGCUGCGCGCGGCCGAGUGCAUCGACCUGGCGGCCGAGCGGCUGGGCGCCCUGAGCCGCGCCAUCUGGAGCGAGCCGGAGCUGGCCUACGAGGAGCACCACGCGCACGGCGAGCUGACGCGCUUCUUCGAGCGCGAGCCGCCGGUCGCGUCCUGGGCGGUGCAGCCGCACUACGGGCUGCCCACGGCCUUCCGCGCCGAGUGGGAGCCGCCGGGGCCGCGGGCGCACGGCGCCGCGCUGCACCUGGGCUUUCUCUGCGAGUACGACGCGCUGCCCGGCCUCGGCCACGCCUGCGGCCACAACCUUAUCGCCGAGGUCGGGGCGGCGGCCGCGCUGGGCGUGCGCGGGGCCCUGGAGGGCCUGUCCCGGCCGCCUCCGCCCGUGAAGGUAAUUGUCCUGGGAACCCCUGCAGAAGAAGAGGGUGGUGGCAAAAUUGAUUUAAUUGAAGCAGGCGCUUUUAAAAACCUCGAUGUUGUUUUUAUGGCCCAUCCAUCCCAAGAGGAUGCUGCUUAUCUACUGGAUGUAGCAGAACAUGAUGUGACUGUGAAAUACUAUGGAAAAGCGUCUCACGCUGCUGCCUACCCCUGGGAAGGAGUGAACGCCUUAGAUGCUGCCGUUCUCGCUUACAGCAAUGUGUCUGUGUUACGACAGCAAAUGAAGCCAGCCUGGAGAGUCCAUGGUAUAAUAAAAAAUGGUGGUGUAAAGCCCAAUAUCAUUCCCUCUUAUUCUGAAUUAAUCUAUUACUUCCGUGCACCCUCAAUGAAAGAGCUUCGAGUUUUGACCAAAAAGGCAGAAGACUGCUUCAGAGCUGCAGCUUUGGCAACAGGGUGCACAGUAGAAAUUAAAGGUGACACACAUGAUUAUUAUAAUGUUCUUCCCAACAAGAGCCUGUGGAAGGCUUAUAUGGAGAAUGGAAAAAGGCUGGGAAUAGAGUUCAUUUCAGAAGAUGCAAUGUUGAAUGGCCCUUCAGGAUCUACUGAUUUUGGAAAUGUUACUUUUGUGGUUCCUGGAAUUCAUCCGUAUUUUUACAUUGGGUCUAAUGCCUUGAAUCAUACAGAACAAUAUACUGAAGCUGCAGGUUCACAAGAAGCUCAGUUUUACACUUUGCGGGCGGCCAAAGCUCUGGCAAUGACUGCACUGGAUGUUAUUUUUAAGCCAGAGUUGCUGCAAAGAAUCAGAGAGGACUUUAAAUUGAAACUUCAAGAAGAACAGUUUUUAAAUGAGGUAGAAUAAAAGAAGAUCGUAGGAGUCAUUUAUGAAUCAUUAAAGAAAUGAUUUUUUUUUUU